CCAGACUCGGAGCAGAGCGCGGCGGUCGCCAUCCCUAGGGGGGUACCGGCCCCGGCCGUGUCCGGGCACCAUAGCGCCGCUGCGGUGAGGCCGCGGGCCCGGUGGAUGGAGAGACGGGGAAGGAUGGACUGCCCCGCGCUGCCCCCCGGCUGGAAGAAGGAGGAAGUGAUCCGCAAGUCGGGCCUCAGCGCCGGCAAGAGCGAUGUCUACUACUUCAGUCCAAGUGGUAAGAAGUUCAGAAGCAAGCCUCAGUUGGCAAGAUACCUGGGAAACACUGUUGAUCUCAGCAGUUUUGACUUCAGAACGGGAAAGAUGAUGCCCAGUAAAUUACAGAAGAACAAACAGAGACUAAGGAAUGAUUCUCUCAAUCAAAAUAAGGGUAAACCAGACUUAAAUACGACACUGCCAAUCAGACAAACAGCAUCCAUUUUCAAACAGCCAGUAACCAAAGUUACCAACCAUCCUAGCAAUAAAGUGAGAUCAGAUCCACAACGAGUGACUGAACAGCCACGACAGCUUUUCUGGGAGAAGAGGCUACAAGGCCUAAGUGCAUCUGAUGUAAGUGAACAAAUUAUAAAAUCCAUGGAGCUACCUAAAGGUCUUCAAGGAGUUGGCCCAGGCAACAAUGAUGAGACCCUCUUAUCUGCUGUUGCCAGUGCUUUGCACACCAGUUCUGCACCUAUCACAGGGCAACUCUCUGCUGCAGUGGAAAAAAACCCAGCAGUGUGGCUCAAUACAUCUCAGCCCCUUUGCAAAGCAUUCAUUGUUACGGAUGAGGACAUUAGAAAGCAAGAAGAACGGGUGCAACAGGUGCGUAAAAAACUGGAGGAGGCACUUAUGGCAGACAUCUUGUCGCGGGCUGCUGAUACAACAAAAGAUAUGGAUGUGGAAAUGGACAAUGGAGAUGAUGCAUAAGAAGAGGAUCAGGUACUUUAACUGACUUGUCCCAGGAGGAAUUUCCU